CUACGUCCUCUCGUUACCUCUGACCCCUAUCGACACAGGAAGCCGGAGAGCAAAAGGUUUUUUCUUGACUGUUGAUUAAGUCUGUAUACAUGUGUUUAUUGUAAACUAGAUGAAUUUGUUUUCAUGCUGCAGGAAAGGCCCAAUGCCAUCUCCUGAGCUAGCAACGCAAAGGUCAUGACCCAGAAAAAAUGUACACCUUGCUUGCACUGGAUAAAACAUUCGCCAUUGCAUAAACUACCACCAGCACCAAAAAUUGGCUAAUUAAACAACCAAUCUUCGAUGUGCAGUUUAAUUUGCUGUGAUGUCACACAGUUUUUUAAUCAUUGAUUUAUGUGAAAUCUUGUUAUUCUGACCUACAUUAGCAUGCAGUCACAGUCUGACCUCCGAGAAAUAGAAAGCAAGACUUGAGGAAUCCAUUUGUCCAGAUCCAGCAGUUAUUCAUUGUUCGCAGCGUCUUGGCUCCAUCUCAAUGCAACGGCAUCGUUCACAAUAAGCCCGCGCACGCUCGCUCGCGCAAAUUGAAAUCACUCACGUCAAACCUCGCGCAUUUAUCACAAACGCAUUCAGCUGUCACGUAUAGACAUGCGCUGUGAUGCUGGGGGACAAAACGGGGUAAGAAGAAGACAAAUGUCUUGUCAUUCAUCACCCGAUAUCUUUCAACGGUCCUUUGCUGUUCAAACAAGCGUCGGUCGCGCGAGAGUACCGAAUAAUCACCAAUCACUCAACAUACUGUUGUGCCCUCACUAGGGCCACUUUUGUUACCACUGCGCCACGGGUUUCUCGUUCCUUCCGUCAUCGCUGCCAAUGAGAAACUAAAGGGAUUGUAAAGAUUGCUUUGAUUCUUUAUCUUUUAGCUCAUACUGUUUUGGGUAACGCUUUACUUUACAGUGCAUUUGUUAGCAAUAACAGUAAACUACGCAUAAUUGCACGCAACUAAGCAUAAUCAAACGCUACAGAAUGUAGUAAAUAUUACUCAUAUUGUACCUACUGUAAAGGUCACUUUAAAAUAAACUUUAACCCUUAAAUCGUUUACUGUUAUUGUCCUCUUAAGCCCAAUGUUUCUUUUAUAAACUUUGCAUUAAGGAUUGUCUAGGGUGAACUAUUUGCAAGACAAUCAGUUGUUUUCAUUCAGUUGAUAAACGUUUUAAGACCAUUAUGUGCUAUUGGCUGGAAGCUCGCGGGGAAUCCAACCUCUUUGUUUUUGGCCAGAGGGUAAAAUGCAUUGGAGAUUUGAUGGGUCGAUGUAAUGAAGUGUUGAUAUGCGCCGUGUCUACACUCCCCGCGGUCUGCUCGUUUGGUAAAAGGAGCUCUUGUUUGGUGCGGUCUGAGUGGAUGUAUUGAGGACUUUAAUUAUUGCCACAUGGCCAAAACCAGCUCGCAAAUUUAAACCACCGACGGCCAAACUCGCUGCUCUCACUUUUUCCACAUCCACCCGCUUACCUACACAAGAGAAAGUCCAGACACGGGAACACGCGGAGUCUUUUUAAGUUCAUUUUUCGUUUUCGAGAAAUAGUCGUAUAAAUAAAUAAACUGGAUUUGCAGAAGCCAGCGCGUGCCAGGCAAUUCGGAGUUAAUGCACAACAGAAGACAGACUUGCAAUUCCAAAUGUAGGUGAAUGGGCCUAUAAAAAUAUAAAACAGGCCUAUAAUUAAAAAAUAAUAAUAUUUCUAGAGUAAAUUAUAUUCUAAAAGUGUAAAUUAGCCGUUUUUGAACGUUAUAUUAAGUGUAAAUUAACCAAAUAGUUACCGCACAUAGUGAAAUUGUUUUAAAACAAAGUUUGUUGUGGAGAAGAAAUUAACUGUGACUAUAAAUGCUAUGAUCUGUUCGUUUUAAAAUAUGUUUUGCACGGCUGCUUUGCGAGAAUAAAAAAAUUCUGGAAAAGAAAAUGCGCCAUGGAAAUACAUUUGAAUUUAACGCGUAAAUCAGUGUCAGUCCAAAGUUUCUCAGAAGCGCAUUUUCUUUUUAAACUUUUUCGGUAUAAAUCAAACGCAUUUCCAUUCCGCCUGCAGCUUCAGUUGUCUCCAUGUUUCCAAAUCGCCUUUUUGGAAGCGGUUUAUUUAAAAGUGACAUCCUCACCUCUUUUUCAGCGCCUCAACAGCGUCCAAUCGUCUCUUCACUGACGCUGUGAUGUCAUCACGCGCCUCUGGAAUAAAAACAUGCGGUGAAGGGUAACCCAAGAAGGUACUGUACAAAAUGUUAGAUUCCCUUGCUUUACUGUUGGAGAAAACCUUUCUUCUGGCACAUUUUAACUUUUUUACCACAGCACUAUUUAAAAAAGAAAGAUGCGUAAUGCGUCGACAGGAGAGCGUGUCUUUCCGACGCGGGGAUCUAUUGGAGGUUCCCCGUACUUUGUUUACUCAUUUCGGCAUAUACCUCGGAGACAACAAAGUCGCACACCUCAUGCCUGACAUACUACCGGUUCUGACGAGGAAUACAUCUCAUAUUCAGAAAGUAGUGACGAACAAGAGGUUGCUUCUCGGUGUGAUAUACAAAAAUGCAUCGAUACGCGUCGACACGGUGGAGGAUUUCGCAUACGGAUCGGAUAUUUUACUCAACACGAUGGAUGCUACAAUGAGAAAACAGCCGCUGGCUGGCGAGGAGGUGGCAAGAAGAGCCGAAAAACUUAUCGGUCAUAUUCCAUACAGUCUACUUUGGAAUAACUGCGAACAUUUCGUCACAUAUUGCCGCUAUGAUUCAGCAGUCAGCGUACAAACAGACAAGUUCUGCGAAUGUUUAAAAUCAGUGAUCCGGGAUCAGAGGAGCGUUCUCCUGACCACUGUCAUCGGAAUGCUUUCCAUGUUUUUAUAUGGAAUAGCGCCGUGCACCGCACUUCCAACCUUUAUCGUUCCUUUCACUUUGUGGAUGGCUGGAUAAGAGACAAUAUAAGUCCAAAAACAUAUAAAUUACAAGCAUUUAUUUAUCUGAUCAAAAGUCUGUAUAUUUCCCUUUAAUCCCCUGCAUACAAUUGUUGUGCGUUGCGGAUGUCCCGCUGCUAGUAGUUAAACUUUAACCUAGGCUAAUAUUAACAUUUUUAUUUUUUUACAG